GGUAAUUCCGUAGCUUUACAGUGUUGCACUGCAAGUUUUUUUAUUUUUGUUUUUAUCCAUUCAGAGUUGAAAAGUAUAAUUGUUAAUUCUUUUACUUCACAAUGAAGUUAAUUAAAAGUGUUUUAUGCAUCAUUCUGUGAAAUAAUUUUCCACCCAUAAUUUAGCCCUACACUUUUCAUUAAAUGAAUUAAACAGAAUCGAAUCUCCAACAAUUGAUCUUGACAAGGUCUCAAGGGACAAAGAAGAUGUCAGUGUCCGGUAGUUUGGGAAGUCCCAGUAAAGACUCAAUCUCGGCAACUAAUAGUAUAACUGGCGGAGAAGAACUACCUCGCGAUUUGAGUCGUCUUUCUUUGUUCUCUGCCACCUCGAAUACUUCACAAGAUGAACAGUUCCGUAGCGAAGGGCAUGCCGAACAUAGUCUAAGCUGUAUGAGACAUUACUUACAAGCUGGAAAACUGUGUGAUGUCGUUCUCAUUGCGGGUGUUAAUCAGCGCCGUGUACCUGCUCAUAGAUUGGUCCUGUCAGCUGCUAGCGAAUAUUUCUCAGCAAUGUUCACUGGCAACAUGCGAGAAACUGCCGAGCCAGAGAUCACUUUACAGGAUGUGAAUGGGGACGUUCUAUACGCUCUUGUAAACUACUGUUAUACUGGAACUAUAGAAAUAAGGGAGGAUAAUGUAGAGACUCUUCUAGCAACAGCGUGUCUAAUGCAGCUUAGGGAGGUUACCGAAGCGUGUUCAAGAUUUCUCGCACAUCAACUACAUCCCAGUAAUUGUUUAGGUAUUGCCGUAUUUGCGGAACAUCAAAAUUGCAAUAGCCUACUACAUGAGGCAACUGCAUAUACCAGCCAACAUUUCAACCAGGUUAUUAAAAACCAAGAGUUCCUUCAACUUAAUGUCGAACAAAUGGCGAUUUUAUUAGGAAGCGAUGAUCUUAACGUUACAUCGGAGCAACAAAUUUUUUACGCUUUAAUGAGCUGGAUUAAUCAUGAUGUAAUUUCACGAAAACCGCACAUUGCUCGUUUACUCGGUCUGGUGAAGUUGCCACUUUUAGAACCAUCAUUUCUAGCAGAUAAUAUAGAAAAUGUUAUCGGGACUGAUCCUGCUUGCCAAAAACUGAUUAUGGAGGCAAUGAAGUGGCACUUGUUACCAGAACGGCGAUCGCAGAUGAUCAGUUCACGAACUAGACCUAGGAAAGCCACUCUGGGGCGUGUUCUUGUGGUCGGGGGAAUGGAUAAAAGUAAAGGGGCAACUACUAUUGAAAGUUAUGAUCCAAGAAGUGACUGUUGGACUAUUGCUUACCAUUUAAGUGGACGCAGAUUGCAGUUUGGCAUUGCAUUGAUGGGAGAUAAAUUACUAGUGGUUGGUGGUAGAGAUGGUCUCAAGACUUUAAACACAAUGGAGUGCUUAGAUAUGGAGUCUGGCGCUUGGACCCAAUUAUCUCCCAUGAACACCCAUAGACACGGAUUGGGUGUUGCUGUUUUGGGGGGACCAUUGUAUGCAGUUGGUGGUCACGAUGGUUGGAGUUACCUCAACACUGUUGAGAGAUGGGAUUCUGUGACUCGUCAGUGGAAUUAUGUCGCUCCUAUGCAAGGUCAGCGCUGUUCUGCAGGUGUGGCUGUGUUAGGUGGAAAGUUAUAUGCUGUAGGCGGUCGAGAUGGCACGUCCUGUUUACGCACAGUGGAAUGUUACGAUCCGCACACUAAUAAAUGGACGACAUGUGCACAGAUGGCUCGCCGGAGAGGUGGAGUAGGGGUUGCAGUUGCUAAUGGCUACUUAUAUGCUAUGGGUGGCCAAGAUGCACCUGCAAAUAACCCUGCAGCCUCUAGGUUUUUCUGUGUUGAAAGAUAUGAUCCUGGUUCUGAUACAUGGACUAUGGUAGCUUCUUUAUCAAGUAAACGUGAUGCCGUAGCUGCAUGCUUAUUUGGCGAACAUAUUCUAGCAGUAGGCGGUUACGAUGGUAAUCACUAUCUAAAAAAUGUCGAGCAAUAUGACCCCAUUACGAAUGAGUGGCUAUCGAUUGCUCCAUUGAUAACCGGUCGCGCCGGAGCGUGUAUUGUCACGGUGGCCAACCAACCGGCACAAAAUGAUAAUUGAAGUAUUAUUUCACAGGGUAUUAUAGCAGCUGUAGUGUUUCUUGUAUUAUUUAAUUUUAUUCUGUCUGAUUUAUUUUUUAAACAAUGUCUUUUCUGAAACAGCUCAUUUUUGGUAUUUAAAGACUGAAAAAUUUAUAUUCUCUAGAAUCUAAGACUGAUAUUCUAUACUGUCGCAAAAAUUACAUUUAACCAGUGAUAUUUUAUUAGAUAUUCUUGAAGGGCAUUUCAUGAUCUCAAUCUUUGGAUGCCUAAAAAUAAAUGUGUUUAAUAACAUCAGUUUUGUAAGAAAUUACACGAUAAAAAUAUGUCAGCAUUGUUUUUAUA